AUGAUAUUUAAGUACAAUGUAUUUGUUGCACUUGUUGUUGUGCUCUCAAUUUGGGCCAACAUUGAAGGUCGUAGUGUCUCUAAAUUCUUAACUGAAGAAACUGUAGGGACCAAAUGGGCUGUCCUAGUUGCUGGCUCUAAUGGAUGGUUUAAUUAUAGACACCAGGCUGAUGUAUGUCACGCUUAUCAAAUACUCAAGAAAGGUGGUCUUAAAGACGAAAACAUUAUUGUAUUCAUGUAUGAUGAUAUUGCUAACAACACUAUGAAUCCUAGACCUGGAGUCAUCAUCAAUAAUCCACAUGGCCAAGACGUUUAUGAAGGUGUUCCUAAGGAUUAUGUAGGUGAAGAUGUUAAUGCUGAAAACUUUUUCAAUGUUAUUCUUGCAAACAAAAGUGGUAUCACUGGAGGAAGUGGUAAAGUUUUGAAUAGUGGUCCAAAUGACCAUAUUUUCAUCUACUAUACUGAUCAUGGUGGCCCUGGAAUUAUUUCAAUGCCAACUGGACUUGUCUACGCGAAUGACUUGAUUAACGUGUUGAAAAAGAAGCAUGCUUCUGGGACAUAUAGUAAACUGGUAUUUUACUUAGAAGCUUGUGAGUCUGGAAGCAUGUUUGAUGGUCUUCUUCCUGAAGGUUUAAAUAUUUAUGUAACGACUGCAUCAAAUCCCAAUGAAAGUAGUUGGGGAACAUAUUGUCAAAUGGGUGCAGGUGGUCCUUGCUUGGUAGAGUGCCCCCCUCCUGAGUUUAAAGGUGUGUGCUUGGGAGACUUAUAUAGUGUUGCUUGGAUGGAAGACAGUGAAGCUGAAGAUCGCCAAACUGAAACUUUGAACGACCAGUAUAAUACGGUUGCAAACAGAACAGCGGCCAAUCUAACAUAUGGUUCACAUGUCAUGCAAUAUGGUGAUACAGUGUUAAGUGUCGAUGUACUUUUCCAGUAUAUGGGCGCUGCUUCUGUAAACCAUAGUCACGUUUCCAUGAAUUCUGAAUCAUCGUCACAAAAUGUGGACCAACGUGACGUUGAAAUUUUCUACUUGACAUCAAAAUAUCAAGAUGCUCCUGAAGGCUCUGAUGAGCAUUUUGAAACUCGUGUCAAACUUAUUAAAACCAUAGUAGAGAGAAGUAAAGUGGACAAUAGUGUAAAACAUAUUGGUGAUCUUCUGUUUGGAGUUGAAAAAGGUAGGGAAGUACUGCAGCACGUUCGACCUACUGGACAACCUCUUGUUGACAAUUGGGAUUGCUUAAAAUCCUAUAUCGAAACAUUUGAGGUACAUUGUGGAAAAUUAAGCUCGUACGGAAAGAAACAUAUACGUGGUAUCGCGAAUAUUUGCAAUGCUGGAAUUGAGAGUGAACAAAUGGCUUCUGCAACAGCACAAGCAUGUUCCUCUUGAUUA